UGUCCCGCUCCUCUUAAGCGCGCGCCCCGCGCCGAGCGCUUCCAUGACGUCACUUCCCACGCGCGGGAUAUCGUGCUAACGGCAGCUAACCAGAGCGACCGCACGGACGCCUCUCCGGGGGCCUUUCAGCGACUGUCAAGACACCGCCGAGCUCCACGCGGUUGCCCGCUGACGGCUCGCUUGCCUCGCGGUGUGUAGAGCCUCCGACGGCCAGGCUCAGCGGCAGCUGCCCCUCGGCGGACCCGGCCCCCGGUGUCCCGGUUGUUGACAUCCAUGACGAGGACGUGUGCAGCAGCGCUGUGCCCGUAGCUGCAGCGGGUCGCUGCGGUGCCUCUCCGCGCACGUUUCUUCUCUCCUUCCCCCGGUAUGCGUUUCAACCCUCGGCUGGUUCCGACUCGUUCUUAAGCUGGACCCCGGGUGUGUGUGUGUGUGUUGUCCUCCGCCGGGAUGAAGCUGCAGUGUGACGUCGAGGUGGUGAAUCGGAUGCUCCCCUCGUUCGGGAUGAAGAGUCGCGGGAAGGGGAUAAGAGCGGUGCUGUCCAUCGGGAAGCACCUGGACAAGACGAGCCAACGCUGCAACAUCUACAUGAUGGUCUGCACCGCGAAGGACCGAGCAGGCUGCAAGUACAAGCUUAAAGACAACAUCGAGAAGUUCUUUACUUGGUUUGUGGAGGAAGGCAAAGCCACUGUGAGGUUGAAGGAACCUGCUAUUGACAUUUGUUUGAGCAAGGCGGAUGCAAACAGCUUGAAGAACUUCCUCUCGGCGGCUCGUUUGGCGGACCGAGGAAGCGACGCCAGUAGCCUUCCCCUCUCCACGCUCACUCCCGUCCGCUCCAGAGACGUAGAGCAACCCAAGAAGAAGCUCACCAUCGUCUCCAAGAGGGACUACCCCCUCACCUCCAACUUCCCCUACUCCCUGGAGCAGCUGCAGGUCUCCUACUGCAAACUGUCCCGGGUGGACAUGCGGAUGCUGUCGCUGAAAGCACUCCGCAAGCUAGACCUCAGUAACAACCACAUCAAGAAACUCCCCGCCACCAUCGGGGACCUGGGCUGCCUCUCUGAGCUCGUCCUCCACAACAACCACCUGGAGGCCUUCAGCGAGGCCCUCUGCCUGUCCACCCUGCAGCGGACCCUCCAGCUCCUGGACCUCAGCCAGAACCGACUGCAGUCCCUCCCCGCUCAGUUCUGCCAGCUCAAGGAGCUGGUGAACCUCAAGCUGGACGACAACCAGCUCGUCGGCUUGCCGUUCCACGUGGGCCGACUCUCCAAGCUGCGCUUCCUGUCGGCGGCGCAUAACCAGCUCGCCGUGUUGCCCUUUGACUUCCGGAAGCUCAGUCUGGAGAACCUGGACCUGUUUGGGAAUCCGUUUGUCCAAACCAACCCUCUGAACCACAAGAUGAAUCUUACAUUCCCGCUUCCGCUCCAAGAGCUGGCUUCCAGAGCCGUGGCCAACCUCAGGUUACCGUACGGACCUCACCUCAUCCCGGCCCACUUGUGCCGGGACCUAGAAGUUGCCAAGUUGUGCGACUGCGGCGUCUGCGUCAACUUCUACAUCAAGACGGCGGUCAGCAUGAACCUGCACCAAGUGUCUCACACGGUGGUCCUGGUGGACGACAUGGGGGGCACGGACGCUCCGGUGCAGCAGCACUUCUGCUCCCUGUCCUGCUACUCUGAGUUCCUGGACAACUCGCUCCAGAGAGGAAUCAGAUGAGGAAGAACAAACUCUUUAGUUUGAAAGCAAACGGACAAAACUGCUGGAAAUUGCUGUGGAUUUCUUUGUGAAGAGACACGCCUUUAAACGAAAAGAGGAUGUUGACUUUUUUUAAAAGCUCUUUAAAAGUGAUCGAAGCAGCCGCUUUUACACUUGCGUUCGACUUGUAUUGCACUUCUGCUCCAUCUGUACCUGAAUAGCACUGACGUUAUGUAACGACUGUAAACGUCGCGCAUCGUCUUUCCGGUUCCUCCCGCCUACCGACAUCCUUCCGGGCGGGGGAAUAAAAGGAUUAGAUUGAUUGGAGUUUCUUCCUAACGCACACAGUCCAUCAGGGUCUGCGAGCGUUGGUGGAAAGGAAUUUUUUUUUUUUAUCGUGCUAAUGACCUACACGUUGUUUUUUCAUGUGAAAAAUGCAAUGAAAUAAAGUAUUUACAUUGUU